UCCCUGGCGGCGGCGCAAGGCUACGGGAGCUGGGGAGGAACACGUUCGAGCUGCCCGCUCCAUUCUAGCGCACCAUGAGCAGGCUGAAAGCUGGGCGGCUGCUAGCAACGCUGCUGGCGCGGGUGCAUCGUUUCCAGGGUCCGGCCCUGUUGUGGGGAAAGGGGGCGGCGUGCGGCGGCACCCGGGCCUGCAGCUACACUCCCGCCCGGGAUGGCCUCGAGGGGCCAGUGCGCCGGCGCUCCUACUGGCGCUAUGUACGGCGACUGGUGCAGGGAGCGCCAGAGCCGCCGUACCUGCACGUGUGCCAGGUCGGGGACCCGGCGUUACGGGCCGUCGCGGCCCCGGUAGAACCGGCGCAGCUGGCGGGGCCCGAGCUGCAGCGGCUGGUGCAGCGGCUGGUGCAAGUGAUGCAGCGCCGGCGUUGCGUGGGCCUGAGCGCGCCGCAGCUCGGGGUGCCGCUGCAGGUGCUGGCCCUGGAGUUCCCCGAGGCGCUUUUCCAGGCCUGCGCGCCCCGCCUGCGGGAGUCCCGCCAGAUGGAGCCCUUCCCCCUGCGUGUGUUCGUGAACCCCAGUCUGCGGGUGCUGGACAGCCGCCUGGUUAUCUUCCCCGAGGGGUGCGAGAGCGUUGCAGGAUUCCUGGCCUGCGUGCCCCGCUUCCAGGCUGUGCAGAUCUCAGGGCUGGACCCCAGAGGAGAGCAGGUGGUGUUGCAAGCGAGUGGGUGGACAGCACGCAUCAUCCAGCAUGAGAUGGACCACUUACAGGGCUGCCUGUUCAUUGAUAAAAUGGAUAGCAAGACGUUUACAAACAUCCACUGGAUGGAGGUGAAUGACUAA